AUGUCUCCCGGCCCAUUAUCUCCCCCGCCUCCCAGAGGGCUCACACAAACCGCUUACGCCGCCUACCUGAUCCAGCAUCCCCAUAACCCCACAGCAUCCCCAUACCCCCACAGCAUCCUCAUAACUCCCAGCAUCCCCAUACCCCACAGCAUCCGCAUAACCCACAGUAUCCCCAUACCCCCACAGCAUCCCCAUACCCCACAGCAUCCGCAUAACCCACACAUCCUCAUACCCCCACAGCAUCCCCAUAACCCCACAGCAUCCCCAUACCCCCACAGCAUCCCCAUAACCCCACAGCAUCCCCAUAACCCCACAGCAUCCUCAUACCCUCACAGCAUCCCCAUAACCCCACAGCAUCCCCAUAACCCCACAGCAUCCCCAUACCCCCACAGCAUCCCCAUACCCCCACAGCAUCCCCAUACCCCCACAGCAUCCCCAUACCCCCACAGCAUCCUCAUAACCCCGCAGAGCCGCAAGAUAAAAGUGAGGUCUAUGUGCCACAUUGUGCGAGCGCCCUCUCCCUUACCCUCUGGCAUCCGUCUCUUCACCCUGACGCCUGCCCUUAUACUGUGGUGUCUGUCCCCCAAACCUGAAGUCAGUUUCCCGUCUCCCCUCGUCCCGCGACUUUUGAAAUCUGUCAACCAUGUGUAA